UUACUAUCACAUGCUAACGACUUCCAUGUGGACUUAAUUUUUAUCAGUACUCCAUUAGAAUUAUAGAAUCUUUCUUUCGCCUAACAGAAGCCUAAGCUCCUCCCGCGAAAUACAGCUAUUCAUCUCCUUUUGAUGGGCAAGAAACAGCAGUUGGAUUGGACAACAAAGUCCAUUUCAUCUUCAGGAAGUGAGAGAGUCUCUCUCUUGACAAAGGAGGCACAGAGGAAAGCAAAUGAAGACCAAUCGCCCGAUGGACCUCCAAAUGAUCUUGAACUUGGGGAUGCAGUGGAGGCAACAAACGUUGGAUUUGGUAGAGUUUUUUCACUGGCAAAACCAGAUGCUGGGAAGCUAGUAGUUGGCACCAUUGCCCUGCUGAUCGCAUCCACAUCAAGUCUUCUGAUUCCAAAAUUUGGUGGAAUAAUAAUUGACAUUGUAUCAAGAGAUAUAAGAACUCCUGAAGAGCAAUCAGAAGCAAUUGAUGAUGUCAAGAACACGAUACUAGAAAUUGUGCUGAUAGUUGUGAUUGGUUCUUUAUGCACUGCACUUCGAGCAUGGCUGUUUGCUUCUGCUAGUGAAAGGGUUGUAGCUCGUCUGAGAAAGAACUUAUUCACUCACCUAAUCAAUCAGGAAAUAGCUUUCUUUGAUGUUACUCGAACAGGGGAACUUCUAAGCAGGCUGUCAGAAGACACCCAGGUCAUAAAAAAUGCUGCAACAACCAAUCUUUCUGAGGCUCUCCGUAAUGUAACAACUGCAUUAAUUGGUGUCGCUUUCAUGUUUUCAUCAUCGUGGAACUUAACAUGUUGUGUUGCGCUUGGGCUGUUGUACCAGUUCAUUUCAGUUGCAGUGAGAAAAUUUGGGCGCUAUCUUCGUUGAUCCCUCUCACAUGAAAACUCAAGGCUGCCGAGCUUGCAGUAGUCUGCUUCCAAUAGCCUUGAGGAAUCUUUUGGCGCCAUUCGAACAGUUAGAUCAUUUGCUCAAGAAGGUUAUGCAAUUUCAAAUUAUUCAGAAAAAGUUGAUGAGACACUGAAGCUAGGACUCAGACAAGCGAGAGUAGUUGGUCUUUUCUUUGGAGGACUAAAUGCAGCAUCCACAUUAUCUGUUAUCAUAGUGGUAGUUUAUGGUGCAUACCUGACAAUAAUAGGUUUCAUGACCGCGGGCUCUCUCACUUCCUUCAUUCUUUAUAGUCUCACAGUUGGUUCUUCAGUAUCUUCUUUGUCAGGAUUGUAUACUACUGCAAUGAAAGCUGCAGGGGCCAGUAGGAGAGUUUUUCAGCUCCUAGAUCGUGUCUCAAGCAUGCCAAAAUCGGGAGAUAAGUGCCCUGUUCGUGAUCCAGAUGGGGAUGUGGAAUUGGAUGACGUGUGGUUUGCUUAUCCUUCUCGUCCUAGUCACAUGGUACUCAAGGGCAUAACAUUGAAACUGAACCCAGGCUCAAAAGUUGCUCUCGUUGGUCCAAGUGGCGGCGGCAAGACAACAAUAGCAAACUUAAUUGAACGGUUCUAUGAUCCUCUGAAGGGAAAGAUCCUGCUAAAUGGUGUUCCAUUAGUGGAAAUAUCACACGGGUAUCUUCACAGUAAGGUCAGUAUAGUGAGCCAAGAGCCAGUUCUGUUCAAUUGUUCCAUAGAAGAGAACAUUGCCUACGGGUUCAAUGGCAAAGCCAAUUCUUCUGAAAUAGAAACUGUAGCUAAAAUGUCCAAUGCCCAUGAAUUCAUAGAAAAAUUUCCAGAAAAAUAUCAAACAGUGGUUGGUGAACGUGGGCUGAGGUUGUCCGGAGGCCAAAAACAAAGAGUGGCAAUUGCAAGAGCACUAUUGAUGAAUCCAAGAAUUUUGCUAUUGGAUGAAGCCACAAGUGCUUUGGAUGCAGAGAGUGAAUACCUUGUUCAGGACGCCAUGGAUUCUCUGAUGAGGGGCAGGACUGUUCUUGUUAUAGCACACAGGCUUUCAACUGUCAAAAGUGCAGAUAUUGUUGCUGUUAUAUCUGAUGGACAGAUAGCUGAAAGCGGCACCCACGAAGAACUUCUCAGCAAGGAUGGUAUUUACACUGCACUAGUCAGGAGACAACUACAAGAACCCAAAACUGCAAUCUAAUUUUUUGCAGUCCUGAAGAAAUGAAAUUGGAAACUAUAGCAUAAACAUAAUAGUUUGCUCCAGAAAGGUAUAAUGGCAUGUUUGCCAAACUUUCAUUAGUUCUGAAGAUAAUGUUAUUAUGCGAAUGGCUUUGAAUCAAUACUGGCCCUUUCAACUCUUACAAAGGCUGAAGACUUUAUAUCUAAAUCCGUCAAUUGGAUUGAAAAUUUAUCUAGAAUUAUAAAUUUUUCAUAA